AUGGCCGCCUUGAUAAAGAGCAAUAGCUCGAGGAUAUUCAGGCAUGCGCAGAACGACAUCUCCAAGACGCUGACCAUCUCAAUGGCCUUGACCGGAGCCCUGACUGGUCUGUUUAUAAUGCCGUUGGGAAUAUUUGAACUGAUUCACGAUGGGAAAUGGAUUCUGGGGGGUUUAUCAUGUAAUGUGAGAAUGGCAUCGACAAGUAUACUAUGCGCGGUGUCUGUGUACCACAUCACAUCGAUGGCCAUCAUAAGAUAUACAGCUGUGUGUAAGCCUAUGUAUUACAGACUAUUUACCAACAAGACUGGGUAUGUCAUGGUUGUAUUCUCGUGGAUAUUCCCAGCAUCCAUCAUUAUUGUCAUCAACGCAACAGGUUGGUGGUUUCAGGGCAGAGAACAGGUAAACAGAUGCCUUGAGCUGGCACAGUUGUGUGGACAGAUGUACAACACAUCAGCCAUCCUGUUUAUGUUUCCUGUCUGUGUAUUCAUUCCUCUAGCCUUGACCUACCCGCUUUACGUCUGCAUCUUGCGGGAUAUCUGGAAGUUCAAUCAGCGGAAGUCGCUAUUUUUAGCUCGGAGAUUCAUGGAUUCUAGCGAGACUUUAAAUACAGACCGAAAUGUUUUGUCUUUGGAGAGUAGUAGUGUUGCGGGCCACGUAAAGAAAGAUUGCGUUUUAAAUGAACAAGAAAGUUCAAAAUCUCCUGAAGAUUUGAACACAGUGUUCACAACGUCAGGCGACGGGUCUGGGAACACGCCCAGUAGACAGAGGGUGAUGGAACGUCCUGAGAAUCACCAGACCUCGAGGAAUCUAAAAGCUAACCUCACCAUCGGCUGCAUCCUCGUCUGCUGUACCGUCUGCUGGAUGCCAUCUUGGAUCCUGGCCAUGGGCGCGCUGUUCGAUAUCUACCCCUGGCCGUACUGGUCAACGGUCAUCAUCAUCUGGCUGGCGUACCUUAACUCAGCCAUCAACCCAUUUUUGUACUGCUUUAACAAAGUCGUCUGGAACGCCGUCAGGGCUCUGGUCUGCAGACGGCUUGCUGACAGUUAA